AUGAACUUCCCAGGAAUGAAUAGACCCGGAGCUCCCGGCGCGGCCGCCGGAGGCAUGAGUGAGCAGGAGCAAGCUAUUGUGCGGAAUAUACAAGUGGCCAUGGAAUCAUGUCCCGUCAAGGCCGUAAUGGCCGGCGGAAUGGGCUUCGUCCUCGGCGGAGCAUUCGGUUUAUUUAUGAGCAGUAUGUCGUACGAUACUCCUCUCACACCUCAAGGCCGUGAAAUUUCGAGUCUCCCCGUGCGCGAACAGCUCCGGCGAGGAUUUAAAGACAUGGGCAGUCGAUCGUUCAGCUCUGCAAAGAACUUUGCUAUCGUGGGGGCCCUCUUCAGCGGGACAGAAUGCUGCAUCGAGGGACUGCGCGCGAAGAAUGACCUUACGAAUGGUAUCGCGGCCGGGUGCAUCACUGGCGGGAUCCUCGGUGCCAAGGCUGGUCCCCAAGCUGCUGCGCUGGGAUGUGCUGGUUUCGCUGCGUUCAGUGCUGCUAUCGAUGCGUACAUGCGACAGCCUUCGGAUUAA